AUGACGGUGUGGAGUUCACACGACGCUCAUGAAUCAAACAAUGUGUUAGUAGAGACUUAUGGCCAUCAAAUUGUCAGUUCAAGUUAUAAUAGUCAAACUUUUAAUUGGGAGACUAAAAAAAGUCUGGAAAAUGAGCCGAAUGAUUUGUUAUUAGAGAUAGACUAUCAAAUAGUUGAUUCGAAUGAUAAUAGUUCUACUAUCAAUUUGAAAAAUAAAAUAAGUUCACAUAAUAAUGAAGAAUCACGUGAAGACACCUUGCAAUUAUACAUUGGUCGUUCGUUUAAUGAAUGGAAGGAAGUGGAUAAAUUCUUGAAAUUAUUUGGAAAGUUAGUUGAUAUAACCAAGCAGUAUGAAAAGCCCUCAGCAACAAUAAAUUGUGAAUGGCAUGUUAAUUUUAAUAAUCAUAAGGGAACUAAGGAGAUAAUUUGUACCUCUCUUGUUAAUAAACACAAUCACGAAAUGAAUCCUUUAGUUGCUCAAACAGCGCCACGUUUUUAUAAAUUGUCAGAAGAGAUGAUUAAGGAUAUAAGGUUCUAUACAUGUUCUAUGGAGAGUAUAGGUGCUACUUUGCAGUAUAAUCUUUUGAAAGCAAAGUAUCCUGACAAAUAUAUUGACAAAAAAGAUGUAUACAAUGCUAUUCAAUGA